UUCAAAAUGCCCGAUAUUAAGAUGGAGGAUGUGAAUGGCACUCCAGGUGAAACGUUCGCUUUUCAGGCGGAGAUCGCCCAGUUGAUGUCCUUGAUCAUCAACACGUUCUAUUCCAACAAGGAAAUUUUCCUUCGUGAAUUGAUCUCCAACUCUUCUGACGCUUUGGACAAGAUUCGUUAUCAAGCUUUGACUGAUCCAGCCCAGUUGGAGACUGGCAAGGAUCUUUACAUUAAAAUUGUCCCGAACAAGGCCGAUAAGACUUUGACUAUUAUGGAUACUGGAGUCGGAAUGACUAAGGCUGAUCUUGUUAACAAUCUUGGAACUAUUGCUAAGUCUGGAACCAAAGCUUUCAUGGAGGCUCUUCAGGCUGGUGCUGAUAUCAGUAUGAUUGGUCAAUUCGGUGUUGGUUUCUACUCUGCCUUCUUGGUUGCUGACCGUGUGACUGUUACUUCUAAACACAAUGAUGAUGACUGUCAUCAAUGGGAGUCUUCCGCUGGUGGUUCAUUCAUCAUCCGUAACUGCGUUGAUCCUGAAAUGACUCGCGGAACGAAGAUCACUCUUUACCUUAAAGAGGAUCAGACUGACUAUUUGGAAGAGCGUCGCAUUCGUGAAGUCGUUAAGAAGCACUCCCAAUUUAUUGGAUAUCCAAUAAAGCUCUUGGUUGAGAAGGAACGUGAUAAGGAAAUUUCUGAUGAUGAGGCUGAGGAUGAGAAGAAGGACGAAAAGAAGGAAGAAGUAAAAGAAGAAGAGAAGGAGAUUAAAAAGGAAGAGGGUGAGGAAAAGGAGGGAGAAGAUGAGGAGGAUAAGGACAAGAAGGACGGUGAGAAGAAAAAGAAGACCAAGAAGAUCAAAGAGAAAUACACCGAAGAUGAAGAGUUGAACAAGACAAAGCCCAUUUGGACACGAAACCCCGAUGACAUUACUAAUGAGGAAUAUGCUGAAUUUUACAAGAGCUUGUCUAACGAUUGGGAGGAUCAUUUGGCUGUUAAGCAUUUGAGCGUUGAAGGACAAUUGGAAUUCCGCGCUCUUUUGUUCGUUCCACAACGUGCUCCCUUUGACAUGUUCGAGAAUAAGAAACAAAAGAAUGCUAUCAAGCUUUAUGUUCGACGUGUCUUCAUUAUGGAGAAUUGUGAAGAAUUAAUGCCUGAAUACCUCAACUUUAUUAAAGGAGUUGUUGACUCUGAGGACCUGCCUCUUAACAUUUCUCGUGAAAUGCUCCAACAAUCCAAAAUUCUUAAAGUAAUUCGAAAGAAUUUGGUCAAGAAGUGUAUCGAACUUUUUGAUGAAAUUGCUGAAGACAAGGACAACUUUAAGAAAUUUUAUGAACAAUUCAGCAAGAAUCUUAAGUUGGGUAUUCACGAAGAUUCUGUCAACCGUAAAAAGCUUGCCGAAUAUCUCCGUUACAACACUUCCUCUUCUGGCGAUGAACUUGUUAGCUUGAAAGAUUAUGUUGGACGAAUGAAGGAAAAUCAGACUUGCAUUUAUUACAUUACUGGCGAGUCUAAAGAAGUUGUUCAAAACUCUGCUUUUGUUGAACGUGUUAAGAAGCGAGGAUUUGAAGUUAUUUAUAUGGUUGAUCCAAUUGAUGAAUAUUGCAUUCAACAAUUGAAAGAAUUUGAUGGAAAGAAAUUGGUUAGCGUUACUAAAGAAGGUUUGGAGUUGCCAGAAAGUGAAGAGGAAAAGAAGAAGUUUGAAGAAGAUAAAGUCAAAUUUGAGAAACUUUGCAAAGUUAUUAAGGAUAUUUUGGACAAAAAAGUUCAAAAAGUCUCUGUCUCAAAUCGACUUGUCUCUUCUCCAUGUUGUAUUGUUACUGGUGAAUAUGGAUGGACUGCAAAUAUGGAAAGAAUAAUGAAGGCGCAAGCUUUACGUGAUUCUUCUACAAUGGGAUAUAUGGCAAGCAAAAAGAAUUUGGAAAUCAAUCCAGACCAUUCCAUCAUUAAGUCUCUUCGCGAACGUAUUGACUCCGACCAAGAUGACAAAACUGCCAAAGAUUUGGUUGUUUUGCUCUAUGAGACAGCUUUGUUAACUUCUGGCUUCUCUCUUGAGGACCCGCAACAACACGCUUCGCGUAUUUACCGAAUGGUUAAACUUGGAUUGGAUAUUACCGAAGAGGACUUAGAAGGAGGAGAGCAACAACCCUGCACUUCUGGUGAACCUGUUGAAAAGAUUGCUGGUGCAGAGGAGGAUGCUUCGCGUAUGGAGGAAGUUGAUUAA